AUGUCUGAUCGAGAGGAAAAGUUAGCGCUUGCAAAACAAAGGCUACAAGAAGCAAAAAAGAAGAAACGUCAAGCAAAAACAAAAGAUGUUCGCUCGGCUUCCUCUCAGAAAUCUUCAACCCCAGAAACUGAAGCUUCGACAACAGUAGGUAAUGAAAGUACUACAGGUGUCAGCAAUUCUGAACAUAUUGAGUCCUCAGAAGCCUCGAAGGAAUCAUCUUCAUUGGAGCCUGCCGACAAGGAAUCCAAACCCGAAUCAACAGCAAGUGAAACAACAAAAGAGUUAAUAAAGAAUGAGAAGGAAGAAUCUUCUAAUGCUGCCGAAGGCGCUUCCGGCGAGCACGAAACAAACGAACCGAUAGGCGACAAGAAAGAACAAGAAGCAACCGAAGAAGAUGGAAAGCCAAAGAGCUCUAAAAAAGAGGAUUUAGUAGAUGAAGAGAAAGAGAGCCUUCGAAAGGAAGUUCUAGAGUUGAAGAGCAAGUUGAGUGUUUCCGAAAAUACAAAUCAAGAAACAAUUAAGGAACAUGAACAAAAAGCUUUGUCUUCGAAAAGCGAAAGCGAGAAUUCCAAACGAGAAUUGGAAACGGCAUUAACAGAUUUAGAUGAGUUGAAGGCGGAAAAAGACCGUGUAUCUCAACAUGCGACAGAAAGCGGUCAGGAGAAAGAAGCUACGUUGGGAAGUAAAGAAAAAGAAUUGAAGGAAAAAGAAGAAGCCCUAAAUCGCCAAAAAGAAGAGCUAAACAACCAGACAAAAACUUUCCAACAAGAAAAAGAGUCGUUUCAAUCCUGGAAAGACUUUGAACAACAUGCUCUGAGUGAACGUAAGUCAUCUCUUGACAAACGAGAAUCCGAUUUGCAGGAGCUUGGAAAGCAAAGUACUCAUUCAGAAAAAGGGUUAGACGAUGAACAGCAACGAGAGCAUGUUGUAAAUCUAGAAAAGCAGAUUCAAAACCUACAAGGCGAAAAGCAAUACCUCGAAGAGGCUGUAGAAAGGUAUAAAUCUGCAAUGGAUGAGUUUGCUGAAUGCCAACAGCAUCUUCGUGAACUAGAAAACAUGCGAAAUAAGCAGGCAGGACAAUCCGCUCCAACAGGAAGCUAUGAAGACAAUUUUACAUUUGAACCAAUAGAUAAUGUAUCCAUAGAUUUGACGUUAACAGGUUUUCCAGGAGCGCAUGGUGUGCCCUUUGAAGUUUAA